GAAAAUAAUUCGACACGUGCCGGACCCCUCCAUGGCCACCGGUUCAACGUGGGUUCACCCAAUUCACUGAAGUACUAUGUAUAUAAAGGAUGGUCGCCCGCUGAAUGGAGUGCUUCUGACUUGGAUACUUCCUCCUUCUGGUCCGUUUGAAGUACCUGUGCAGCCGCCAUAGGAACUGAACGCGCUCGCAUACUCGAGCUUCCACCAUGUCUGCAGCAUUGUAUUACGACUCCGAUUGUUCCUCGGCCCCCCUCGCCGGGAAAACCAUUGUCUUCGUGGGAUAUGGAAACCAAGGCCGAGCACAAGCUCUGAAUCUUCGUGACACAAUCCAGAGUGAAAACAUCUCUCCCGCCCCUCGGAUCAUUGUCGCGAAUAACAAGGAUUCAUACGCUUCCAAGGCCGAAGAAGAUGGGUUUGGGUUCCAGACCGACUGGGCAGCUACAGCGGCAGAAGCCGAUAUUCUCUUUCUGCUCGUCCCAGACCAGGUCCAACCCAAGCUAUUCAACGAAUCACUGGCUCCCACGCUCAAGAAGACCGCCUGCGUCGUCGUCGCUAGCGGCUACAACGUAUUCUACCAGUUCCUCCAUGUCCCCACCUCCAACGAUAUCGUCAUGGUCGCGCCGCGGAUGAUCGGGACGUCCGUCCGCAGUCGGUACGAGAGCAACCAAGGCUUCCCGUGCUUCGUGUCUGUGGAGCAGGACGGGACGGGGCAUGCGAAGGAGGUGGCGUUGGCGGUGUGCAAAGGGGUGGGCGCGACGAAGGGAGGGGUCAUUGAGAGCUCGGCGAAGGAGGAGACGCUGAUGGACUUGUUUGCCGAGCAGGCGAUCUGGCCGCAGGUGAUUGCGACGUUCCGGGAGGCGUAUGGUACCUUGAAGAAACUGGGGUGUUCGGAUGAAGCGCUGGUGCAUGAGUUGUGGUUGAGCAAGGAACCGGCAGAGGUCUUCGAGAAAUGCGCGGACGACGGAUUCAUUAGUCAAUUGCGGUACCACAGCUCUGUCAGCCAGUACGGUCAGUUGAAGGGGAGCAUGGAAGUGGACACGGGCGCCCUGAAGAAGGAAUACCAGCGAGUCGCGGAGCAGCGAAUCCUCAACGGGGCGUUCGCGAAGGAGUUUAUGGCCCUUGACACCGAAGGCCCAGGCGUUGAUAAGAAACUGGAUGAGCUGUACGAUGAGGUGAAUCACAGCGAAUUGGCGGAGGGUGAAGCGAGGGUACGGGCAAGGUUGGGAUUGAAUUGAGCUGCAUCGUUGACACUAUAUUUAUAAACCCUAGUGAUCCGCUGGCGCAAAUUCAUGGAGACAAGCUGUCGUGAUUCGUAAAUUAGUUGAGGAGUACAUAUCAAGGACAUUCGAACGAUUGACUCUAUAUGCAAGAUGACC